CUGGGGGAACAUCGGCUGGCUGGUCUACCGUGGGUAGAUGCGCUAGAUUGAGGACUGAUAUCGUUCACGCAGGAGGAAAUCAUGUUUUCGGGAUUAAAAGGCCAAAUCCUAAGGUAGGGCCGCCGGAGGAAUGUACCUGGCCUUGGGUGGCCGGUCGACGGUUACUUUAGGUACCCGAUGCCUCCUGGUAGGGGUGGCCUCGAUUGCAACAUCACGACAGGAUGACGUUGAUGAAAUCCAAUGUGGAACGUUCACACAAAGAAAUCGAGUUGUGAGUGGCAAACACUCACGAUCUCCCCACAAAAAAAAAAAAAAAAAAAAAAAAAAAAACGAAUGGCGCCCCGACGCCGCCCCCCUCCUUCGUACGGCGUAGGUCCUUAUGGCUGGGAUCUUCUUCCACUCCGUGGUCGGCAAUCUCUUGACUGGAGACGUUCGGAUCUUUUAAGC